AUGGCAGCUGAGAUGGACAUCUCGAUGAGUGUGAGGGUCUUCGAGGAGUUGACUUUCAUGAAGGCGGAGCCAAACGGGAUCUUCUCGGUGAAAAUGCGUUCGAACUACAACGUCUUGACCGGUCAUCCAAAUAAGACGCAGGAUUGGCAACGCGCGUAUUUCUUUGAGAAAUCUGAGGAACAUGCUUUCGAAGAGCCGCCGGGGGACGACUACCGCGUUUUGUGGAAUCGGCAACUCGUUCGUCAUCCGAAUACGAUCGCCUACCCCGAGAAGUUUUUUGAAAGUGCUCAGGCGAUCGCGGCGCACAUUGAUUGGGAGUCGAGGCUUCCUUGCGUUCUCGGUCCCCAUAAGUGUAGGGCAGAGACUUCUGCUUCAGGUCCCAAAAAGAAGAAAAAGACCAAAAGGACUAAGGUGGGAGCGACCGACGAGGUUCCUCCCGAAAAGUCUGCUUCCCUUGAUACGACUUCCGAGGGUUCGAAGGCCAAAAAGAAGAAGGAUGGGAGGAAAAGGUCUCGUGGCGGGGCAGCUUCCUCUGCCGAUAGAGGCGAGGGCCUAGCAGAAGGGCAAGAGGCUGUUUUAGUCGGGGCGGCAUCAGAUGGUCACCCGAGGAAGAGAACUAAGAGGUCUGUUGAGGCAGAGCCUCGUCCUUCUACCUCCGACGCGAAUGCUGCUGACGCGACCUUAGUCGACGCUGUUGGGGAGGCCAGCGGCACUCCUGAAAACCUGUCAGAGGAAAGGAGGAAAACCUGCUCGCGAGAAGGAGGUUCUAGUGGUGAGCCCGCGAGGUCUACUCCAGACUCUUCUGCGAGAAAAAGAUCUGGAUCUGAAGGUUCCGUAGCGAAGAGAAAGAGGAUCGAAUUCCCUUAUCGCGUCGAGUUUUCCUACAACGAGACAACUCCCCUGAUCCUUAAUCCCCUUAGGUGCGCCGAGCUGACGCGACAAAUUCGUUGUGGGACGAAGGAUAUGCCGCAAUUGGAAGACCUUUACUUCAAGAAUGAAUACAUCGACGUUGCUUCCUCGAGAGCGCGGAGUGACGGGAGCAUGAACUUCCUUGUUGAGAAGUACGACAGCGCACUGAAGCAGACGAUGAUCCAGUUGGGAUCUUCGGAGAAGCUUGCUCAAGCAAGGUUGAAGGCCAUUGAGAGGGUAAGGGCUGAGCAUAAGAAGGCUAACGAGAAGGCUGCGAAGGAGAAAGAAGUUCUUCAAGUAAAGUUCGAAGAGCUGGAGGGUAAGCUCAAAUCCGCCGGCGCGGCGAAGAAAGAGCUUGCCCGAGAUAACACCCGUAUGGAACAAGCGGCUGCGACCCUUGAGAAGGAGAAGACUGAGCUACUCGAGGAAAGGGACGCUGCAGUUGAGAAAUUGAUUGGAGAGAGGCAACGCUUGAGAGACUCCCUGGGGCUUGAGGUUACUCGUGAGAGGGAAAGGGUCGAAGCUGCUAUGGUCGAGAAGGUAAAUCGCUGCUUUGGUCGCGUGCACGACCAUUUUACUCGCUUGGACGCCUUUGGGAAAGCGAAGAACCAGUACGGUCAAGCUUCGGGGACGAAGAAGUGCCUCGAGAUGAUAAAGGCAAGUGGGACGGAGAUCCCGAAAGAAAUGAUCGACGUUUUUGCCGAGCAGGAGAAACUCUACGAGGCGGAGGCUACAAAAUUUUGUGUAGGUCCGCUAUCUGAUAGCGACCUCACUCUUUCUCCGCUGGUUCUUCCUUCUCGUUUCGUCGAGGACAGGGUUAGAGCGUCGUUUGAUCCUUAUGGAUCGAACGUAAAUUUGAUCAGACCAGGGAUGGUUUCUCAGCUCAUUACCUCGCUCAAAACUACCGAGGAGCCAUCGGAGGAGCCAUUGGUCGAUGUCACGUCGGUCCCGGCUGAGCACGUUGAGGUCCCGGAGGGAGGUAGUCUUGGUGAACGUCCAGAGAACGAGAACCUGGAGGAGGUCCCCGGAAAGGACAACCUUGAGACAGGCAACACUCCGGUUCGAGAGGAAGAGACCGAGAACGUGGGCAUCGAGGAUCCUGUCCUCAUCUCGGAUUCUUCUUCUGAAGGACGAGAAGACGAAGAGGAGGAAGACGAUAGAGUCGAGGAGACGUCGCCGUUGCAGCCUGUCGAGGAAGAGAUGACCAACAAAGUCGGGAAUAGAGAUGUUCCUCCGCCUCCUGCUGUGGCAUCUCUUGUCCCUGUUCCUACUCGGGUGGAAGACCCGACUGCUGCCGCUACUGAAGACCCAGUUAGUCCUUCUGCUCUUGGGACGCCAGAGGAGGACGGUUAA